AUGGGCACACCAGGUAUCUACUCUUAUAAUAUGGCCUAUGUGGAAGCAACUGUGUUCAUUGAAAGUGCUGGUGACAGCUGUGACAUUUCAUAUCAAGAAGCAUUACAUCAAGGAGCAGUCAAUGACAAGCUGGAGAUAUAUGCAGAGAAGUCAACAGAUUUCAGUGUGUCUCACAACUAUACCAAAAUACAGACUUCACAAGAAGACAGCUUAUGUGGCACAAGAUUAAGUUGUAGCAUCAGGGGAAAGGAAUACCAUAAGUUUAACUGUAGUUUCUGCCUACAGAGCUUCCCUUCAAAAUACAGACUCAUAAUGCAUAUCUUCAUCCACAUUGAUGGUGUGCAGGCACCUGCAUUUGUGUGUAAGUCAUGUGGUGAGGUAUUGCCCUCUGAUGACUGCUUGAAAGAACAUUUGAGAAUGAUGGAGGGUGACCAAGCAUUAUCUGCUACCAACAGUGAGAAACUUGAAUGCAGUGAUGAUCAUGAAAACAAUAUCUCCUUCGAGUGUGUACAAAAAGGAAUUGUGGAACAGACUGCAGAGCUCCCUUCAUACGAGGUACCCAGGAAAACCUUCAAAAAAUCCUUUAAUGACAUAUGUAACACACAUACUGUGAAACAAGCUGAAGAGAAACUCGAAAGAUGUAAUGACUGUGGAAUUUCAUGUACAAGCGACCACACUCAUGUCCACACUGUGCUAAGUGCAAAGGGACAUCACAAAUGUGAUGUUUGUGAUAAAAUGUUUACUCAGUUCUGCAAUCUUAAGAAACACAAUGUACUACACACUGGAGAGAGACCCCACGAAUGCGAUGUUUGUGGAAAAGCAUUUACUGAAAAGUGCAAUCUGAAGCAACAUGAAUUAAUACACACUGGACAGAGACCACACAAUUGCAAUGUCUGUGGAAAAUCAUUUACUCAGUCGGGCAGUCUCAAGAACCAUAUUUUAAAACACACAGGAAAGAGACCACACAAAUGCGAUGUGUGUGCAAAAUCGUUUACUCACAGGGGCAGUCUCAAGAGACAUGAAUUAAUACACACUGGACAGAGACCACACAAAUGUGAUUUCUGUGGAAAAUCAUUUACUCAGUCGUGCCAUCUCAAGAACCACAAUGUAAUACACACAGGAAAGAGACCACACAAAUGCGAUGUGUGUGCAAAAUCGUUUACUGACAGGGGCAGUCUCAAGAAACAUGAAUUAAUACACACCGGACAGACACCACACAAAUGCGAUGUCUGUGGAAAAUCAUUUACUCAGUCGGGAAAUCUCAAGACCCAUGUAUUAAUUCACACUGGACGGAGACCACACAGUUGCAAUGUCUGUGGGAAAUCAUUUACUCAGUCGAGCAGUCUCAAGAACCACAAUGUAAUACACACAGGAAGGAGACCACACAAAUGCGAUGUGUGUGCAAAAUCGUUUACUUACAGGGGCAGUCUCAAGAAACACGAAUUAAUACACACUGGACAGAGACCACACAAAUGCGAUGUCUGUGGAAAAUCAUUUACUCAGUCGGGAAAUCUCAAGACCCAUGUAUUAAUUCACACUGGACGGAGACCACACAGUCCAAUGUCUGUGGGAAAUCAUUUACUCAGUCGAGCAGUCUCAAGAAACAUGAAUUAAUACACACUGGACAGAGCCCCUACAAAUGUGAUUCUUGUGGUAAAUUAUUUAAUGCAUUGAGUAAUCGCAAGGCCCACAAGUUAAUACACAGUGGAAAGAGACCCUACAAAUGUAGUAUUUGUGGAAAAUCUUUUACUCAUUGGGGCAGUCACAGGAAACACAAAUUAAUACACACUACAUAGAGACCACUCAAAGUAUUGUUGAGGUCUGUAGACCUACACAUGUUGAUAGAAGACCACACGUGUUUUAUGAAAAUUGAUCGCAUGUGCUACAGAGAGGUCACAAAAAAUAUGACAAAUCCAUUUCCGCAGCUUCACAUUCGAAGUUACAUACAAAAUACAACGUAUGGAGCACACAAUUGAUUUUUUGUUGUAAAUGCUCCAUGCUUUAAUUGUUCAGGCUACCCAAAAUUUGUGCAUUGGGAGGUAUCUUUUACUCGAUUGAGAAGUAGUUUUGUGCAGUUAUCAGGACGCUAUAUUCUUCAAGAGAAUGUACCAGUAUGCUGCUAAUUAUUUGAAAGAAACUGCCGUUUCAAUCUUCAUGAAGCUGUAUCCACUACACAGGCGACAGCAGAAGUGUGUUUAUUACUCAUUCAUAAUGUGGGAUAUUUAUCUCAAGAAUGGAGAAAGAUACAAAAAUCUCUUGAUUAUGUGAACAUAUUAUUGAGGUAUGCCUCCUUAAUAGUAUUGCUAUUUGUGUGAUCAAUAAUCUGCACACAUGUGAACUGUCUGUGGUAGUUCUCCAUUAGGAAAUAACUGAUGGUGGCAUGUAUGCAGAGAUAAGGGAAAAAUUAUAAUCAUCUGCCUAGUAGCGUUUUGCUUCACCUACAGACUGCAAUACAACAGUGCAUCUCUAUGGUAUGGACUCAUCAGUUCUUCGUUAGUUUUUCAGUUGUAAAUUGGACUAUAAGUCUACACACAUCUCACACCUUUCCCGUUAACUGUAGGCUAUCGGUUUGUUGCUGUCUAGUUGGUAUGCAAUAGCAUCCCAGAUUCAUUUCAUCAUGAUCUAAUGAGGUGAGCUGGAUGGGAAAGACAACAGUGUGAACCAUCAUGUUGCUAGAACCAUUGCAGUGUGAUUCUUACCUUGUAAUUUGGUCAGUUAUCCUGCUGUAAGAUGUUGUCACUCUCUGUAAAUACAUCAAGCAUUAAGUGAUAAGUUUGCAGUAAUGUUCAUGUUCUCCACAUCUGUCAUGGUGCUUUCAGUUAUGACCAGCUGUUUUCUUGCCAUCUCAUAUGAAUAUCCCCCAUAGCAUGACACUGCCUCCAUCUUCCUGCACCAGUUGUGUGGUGCAUGUAUGAAACAACUAUUCAUCUGGAUAAUGACAUAUCUGAGCUCAACCAUUCACCUGGUCUGAAAGAAAUGUCAUUUAUCCCAACAUGUGACACUUCCUUAUAGGUAUGCAGUCCAGUCUCGAUUAUCCUAUUGGUAUUGCUAUUGUAACUGACAACAUCGUUAGAUCAACAUGGGAAUACAAAGCUGUUAUAUAACUUGGGGCCUCAUGUUCAACAGUCUCUGCUUAAUAGCUUGAAACUCUCGAGCCUGCUCAAGCAUUUUCUUCUGUCUCUACAGAUAGCCAUCUAUCCCAUUUUACAGAGCAGCUAGGUUCUGAUUUGCUUGUUCUAGAUAAUGGAUGGGCAUCCUACAACCUUUGUCAACUUGUGGUUUCACCAUCUUUCAACAAUGUUCCAUAGAGGCUGAUGGUAGAAGCAUCUGCACAGCCAACCACAUUCGCUGCUUCUGAGAUGCACUUACCCAGGCACCAGGCAAAACCAUCUGCACUUUGGCAAAGUUAUUUAUGCCAUUUUUUAACAAACUGUCACUAGAAUGAUAACCACUCAUUUCUGGUUGUAUAGUUUCAUUACUAAGUGACAUAGCCACAAUGAUGCUGGGUAGCAAACACUCCUCCUACGGAAGUGUAUUUAGUGAUUUGGAUUAACAGUGUAUCUUCACAAAAAAGGCCUUUUGGUAAAUUGUGUAGUAAUUCAAUUUUUCUGCUUUGUUAAAUUUUAUGUCAAUACACUAUUGUCAGUUCAAGUGCCGUAUUAAUUGUGAAAAAUUUUUGUAUUACAAAGCUCUGUACAUUAAUUUUAUGCAUCAAAUCUUUUAAUUAUUUGUCUGUUUUUAAAUACCAUGUAACUACUGUACAAACAUCAAUGACAAAACUGUCAUCAUGUAGUGUCAGAUUAUAAUUCCGAUUGUUUGUAGAAACAAAAGCACUGUUGAGA